AUGCAGGUUUCCCUGUGCAACUUCUUGGGCGUAGUAGGCCGAUCGCCGAAAACCGCUGUCAACUUCGUUGACGAAGAUCUGCCGGUCUUGGAGGACCUCCGACGCUUGGGACUAACGAAAGCUAUGCGAGCAUUGGAUGGCCUGAGGAAGCACAACGCAACAAAGGCGGAGGAGAGUAUGCUCGGGGCCAGCGGGAGGCUUGAUACCCAGGAUCGUGCAGGGCUUCUGACCCUCUGUGGGUGCCAACGCGGUUGUCGGCUCACAUCCGACGAGAUGAAGACGGUCCAACGCCUCACUCGCGGCAUGGACGGUUUGUUCGCCAGCUUGGAGCUGCAGUUCGAAACUCUCGCCCCAAAACUAAGGAAAAGGGUGUCCGCGGGCGAGGGUUCCGCACGAUCGGAAGCCUUUGGCGCCUUCUUCCCGGCUGCUUUUCACCACCCGAAAGACAGCUGUCAGGGUUGCGAUUCUAACGGCGACGACGGGGGGGGCAGUGCAAAACCCGAGCGGGGCUUGCAGCAGGCUUCCUCCUUUGACAACGCGACCAGCAGCACAAAGGCCGUCGGCUACACGACGACUUCCAUGGGGCCUAGAAGCACGGAGGAGAGUAAAAUAACACCCAUCUCGACAACAACAACAGCAGCUGAAGGUUUAGUUGAACGAAACUCGGACGAAAAAGGGGGCACCGGCGGCCGCGCUCCCGAGUGCGCGGGGCCUCCUAUGGGCAGCUUGGUCAGGUUCAGCCGCUAUUUGGCGUUGCUCGUCGCAUCGGCACAGGAGGAACAUACUCCAUCCGCGAAUGAGUGCGAGAGGUCGGCGCUGGCGGAGCUUCUCCGAGCGAGCGACGACGGGUCUGACAGCGGCAGCUCGGGCGUCGUCAACACACGUCAUCCCGGCACCAGCAACAUUGUCCAUCAAAACCAAUCCCCAGCAGCGCCCGCACCGGGGCCAUCAACACCGGUGGGAUCGCCGGGGUCACCGCGACCGUUACGGUACUGGGCGCGGAGAAUCCAUCGGUUUCUGCUUAGCGUCAGGGAGCUGAGGACGGUACCCGACCGGGACCUAGCUAGCCUCGAGGAGAUAAUGUUAGAGGCGCGGAGAGGCGGAGGUGGUGGUGGAAGGGGGCGAAGAGCGUCUCCCCCUCGUGCGUUGGUGCUAGGUUCCCCGCCGAAGGCCCCAGUGUAG